UCAGUUCUGUCUGCUGCUAGAAAUGGCAGACCUAGUCUUGUCCCCAGCUUUGCAAGUGAUCUUUGACAGAAUAGCAUCCCCUGUCUUACAAAAGUUCGCUGACGUGUGGGAUCUCAAGGACAACCUCCAGAGCCUGAGAGAGACCUUGAUCCUAAUUCAGCCUACGGUAGAGGACGCGGAAGAGCAACAAUUCUCGAACAAAGCUGUCAAAAUUUGGUUGUCGAAGCUCGAAAAGGCAGCUUAUGAUGCUGAGGACGGACUUCAGUACUUGACUGCUGAAGGUUUGAGGUCUCACGCUUUUAUUCAACAACUUGAUGAUCUUAUAAAUUGUUCCCACAUUAAACAGCUGCUUCUUGCAUUAGAGACUACUGUAAAUGAGGGACUAGUUAAGUUUGCUUCUAAAAGGACUAGUAUGGUAGAUCGUGGAUCUUCCAUAUGGGAGACUAGCUCUUUUGUCAUCAAGUCACAGAUAUAUGGAAGAGAGGAUGACAAAGAGAGGGUCAUGAAACUGUUGUUGUCUUCUCAAGCUUACCAGGAAGGAUAUGCCACGAUCAUCCCAAUAGUUGGUAUUGGAGGAAUUGGUAAGACUACUCUUGCUCAGUUAGCCUAUAAUGAUGAGAGAGUAAUCCAAAACUUUGAUGUUAGGAUGUGGAUAUUUGUGUCUGAUGAUUUCAAUGUCAAGAAGAUCAUGAGGACAAUUAUUGAAUCUGUAACUAAAGAGGAGUGCAAGUUCUCAGACAUUGAACUGCUUCAGUCCCGGCUUUGGCAUUUGCUGCACAAUAAAAGAUACCUCCUCGUGCUGGAUGAUGUUUGGACUUCACAUCACAGUGACUGGGACAAACUAAAACCUUUGUUUAGAGGGGGUGUUGAUGGAUGCAAAGUCAUUGUUACCACCCGCAAUACGAAAACCGCAGUCAUGACAGACUCACUGAAUUCUCCUUUUUAUUUGAAGGCCUUAGAGGAAGAGGAUUGCUGGGCUUUGUUCAAGCAACAAGCUUUUGGACACCUUCUUCCCAUUGGGAAGCAGAUUGUCAGAAAAUGUGGAGGUGUGCCAUUAGCAGCAAAAAGUUUGGGAAGUGUAAUGCGCUUCAAAAGAAAUCAACAACAGUGGUUGUUUAUGCAAAACACUGAACUUUGGAAACUAGAUGUCAGUGAAUCAGACAUUCUUCCUGCCCUCAUGUUGAGUUACUUUUAUCUACCAUUACAUCUUAGAAGAUGCUUUGCCUUCUGCUCAAUAUUUCCAAAAGGUUAUGAAUUCAACAAGCACAAGUUAAUUCAUUUGUGGAUGGCAGAAGGGUUAUUGGAAGAUGAGAGCAAGCGACCUGAACAUGUUGGUGAUGAAUACUUCACCCAUUUGUUGUGGAUGUCUUUCUUUCAAGAAGUAGAUCGAUGUGAUGGUGGUGGUGUAAGUGCGUACAAAAUGAACGAUGUCAUUCAUGGCCUCUCACGGUACGUUGCAGGUAACACACACAUGAUUUUAGAAAAUGGUCUCCAACCAAAGAAUGUAGAGGAAAUUCGGCACUCCUCUGUUGUUUAUAAAUAUAGAGCCAUUACAAUUCCAGGAGCUCUGUAUAAAGCACAACACUUGCGAAGUAUGUUAUAUAUAGGAGAAUCUGGCUGGAUAAAGAACAUUGAUAAAAUGUGUUCCAGUUUUGUAUACUUGCGUAUGCUAGAUUUGAGCAGUUGUGAUGUUCAUGAGUUGCCAGAAUCAUUGGGGGACUUGAUAUGUCUGAGAUAUCUUGACCUGUCAUAUACACCUAUAUUCAGGUUUCCUUACAGUGUUGAACUCGUGUCUCUGCAGACUUUAAACCUCCUUGGUUGCAGUAAUCUCAAGUGGUUGCCUUACUUGGCAAACAUGACAAACCUAAGACAUCUUGAUAUAACUGGAUGCAUAAGUUUGACUAAGAUGCCUUUUGGUAUUGGAAAACUUCAUCAACUUCAGACACUGCCAUUGUUUAUUGUUGGACAUAGCAGCUUAGGCCUUGAGCUGGGUGGUUUGAAUCUUUAUGGCGCGUUGAAUAUCACAAACCUAGAGAAUGUAACAACAGCAGUCCAAGCGAAAUCAGCGGGACUGAAGAUGAAGGAGAAUAUUGAGUCACUGGGACUAUAUUGGAGAGGCGAAGAUGUGGAUGAAUCAUUGAAGUUAAAACUACCUAAAGCCCCACCAGUGGCAGACAUAACAGGAUCUCAGGGUUUGUCACAGAAUUCUGAAGAAGUUCUUGAAGCCUUGAGACCACAUGACAAUUUGGAGAUGCUAGUCAUAAAUGGCUAUCCAGGAACUAGACUACCUGAUUGGACUCUCCCGAAUCUAAUUGCAAUUUACAUGAAGGACUGUGGAAACUGUCAAAAUCUACCAGCUUUUGGGAACCUCCUCUUACUUAAAACUCUUUCUCUACAAGGAAUGGAUAGCAUUGAACACGUUGGUGCACAUCUCUAUGGUGAUGGUACAAGCAUACCAUUCUCGUCGCUUGAAGAGUUAUCUCUCUGUGACAUUUCCAACUUGGAAGAAUGGUUGAGUGCAAACAACAGAGCUUCAUUCCCGAGACUGAGGAAGUUGACCGUUAAUAGAUGUCCCAAAUUAGCACAUAUACCAUUGCCUGAAUCUCUUCAACAUUUGGAGUUGCGUGGUUGUAAACUAAGUUUGAUGUCCAUAUCAAAUUUAAGUUUUCUUUCUGUGCUCGUCUUAGACAAUAUUCCAGGCCUAUCCUCCCUCCCAGAAGGACUUAUAGCUUCAGCUCAUCUGUCUUCCAUCAAAAUCUUGUCCUGCCCCAAGCUUCGUUCCCUGCCUUUGGAGAUGGGGAACCUUAGUGCUCUAAAAUCAUUCAUCAUUCGCUGGUGUCAAGAGCUCUCCUUUCUGCCACAAAGUUUGCAGAACCUCAAAGCUCUGGAGUCACUGGAAAUUGGUGAUUGUCACAGUAUAAUAUCCAUGCCGGAUGGUGCAAUUGGAGGCAUGAACUCCCUUCGCUCUUUAUCCAUUGAGAACUGCAGUGGUCUGACUUCCUUGUCCUCGAGUUUGGAACAGCUUACAUUCCUUGAGCAUUUGACCAUUAUGUAUUGUCCAAGUCUCGGUUCUUUUCCCGAAGGGGUGCAACACCUCUCUGCCCUUCGAAGUUUGACAAUCCUGAGUUGUCCUUGGUUCGACUCUCUACCGAAUGGCUUACAAGAUAUGAGGAUGCUGCAUUGUUUGGAGAUUAGUAGCUGCACAAAUCUGACAGCUUUGCCAGAAUGGUUUGAGAAUCUUGAUUCGCUUAGAUCCUUGACCAUAUCUGGUUGUCCUAAUUUACAAGCAUUGCCAGCAGGUCUAAAAAAUCUCACUAAACUCCAGCAUCUCUCUAUCCAAGAAUGUCCGGAGCUUGAAGAAAGAUGCAUACAAGGAAGCGGAGAGGAUUGGUUCAAAAUAGCUCAUGUUCCACAUAUGUACAUCGGUUCUCCUCAGAUCAGUCCAUCCAGUGAAGCAAGCACCUCAGGAGGAUCGUCUUCCCAAACAUCUGCUCAGUAAACAACUUUUACUUGGAUCAUCAUCAAUACAACAUUAUUACCAUGGCUAUCGUCACUGCUCGUGGCUCUGGUGCCCUUGCAUUCUUUAUAGACAUCAAUGAACUGACCUCUGAAUAAUUCCUUUUUCUAUGUAAUUUCAAUUAUGAACAAGUACUGACUUCAGUUACACUUCAGUCUAUUUCAAGCCUUUUCUCUAUGAGCUGUAAAAGAAAUGAGUGAAGUUUAGAGUUUCAUUUCCAA